AUGGGGAGGCGCUGCUGGCGGCGGCGUGCUCUGGCCGCCGCGUGUCUGGGGGCCGCGCUCCUACUCCUGGGCGCUGCGCCCCGCGCCCUGCGCCCGGCAUUUGAAAACAGCCUGGGCUCUGGCUGGCUCGGUGGGAAGAGGAGGAGUCCCCUGCAGAUGCUUUAUGACUUGGACCAGGGCCCGCGCUCAGCCCUGGCCGAGGUGCACCGGCAGCGGCGCGACCUGCUGCGCCGAGCCUGCAGCCGCCACACACGCCGGCAGCGCCUGCUGGGGCCCGAGGACCUGCGGCACGUGCUGGUGGACGACGCGCACGGCCUGCUCUACUGCUACGUGCCCAAGGUGGCCUGCACCAACUGGAAGCGCGUGCUGCUGGCGCUGAGCGGCCGAGCCCGCAGCGACCCGCGCGCCAUCCCCGCGCACGAGGCGCACGCGCGGGGCCGCCUGCCCUCGCUGGCUGACUUCAGCCCGGCCGAGAUCAACCGGCGGCUGCGCGCCUACCUGGCCUUCCUGUUCGUGCGCGAGCCCUUCGAGCGCCUGGCGUCGGCCUACCGCAACAAGUUCGCGCGGCCCUACAGCGCGGCCUUCCAGCGGCGCUACGGCACGCGCAUCGUGCGGCGCCUGCGGCCGCGCCCACACCCUGACGCGCUGGCCCGCGGCCACGACGUGCGCUUCGCCGAGUUCCUGGCCUACCUGCUGGACCCGCGCACGCGCCGCGAGGAGCCCUUCAACGAGCACUGGGAGCGCGCGCACGCCCUCUGCCACCCGUGCCGCCUGCGCUACGACGUGGUGGGCAAGUUCGAGACGCUGGCGGAGGACGCGGCCUUCGUGCUGGGCCUGGUGGGCGCGCCCGGCCUGCGCUUCCCUGCGCCCCCGCCCCGGGCCAAGACGGCCGCCGCCCGCGACCUGGCCGAGCGCCUCUUCCGGGACAUCAGCCCCUUCUACCAGCGGCGCCUCUUCGACCUCUACAGGAUGGACUUCUUGCUCUUCAACUACUCUGCCCCUUCCUACCUGCGGCUGCACUAG